AUUACUGGGAGUAGCAGAAUAGAUUGAUUGAUAAUUAAUUUGAUUUAUUUAUAAAUGAACCACUAUUAAAGACCGAUAUGGUAAGUAAUAGUGAUGAUUCAAUGCUCAAGGAUGAGCUUGUAGAAUUUGAGUCUGGUAACUAUAAAAGUAAUAAGACUCAAGAUAAUUCUCGAGUAGUUAAUUUAAUAUUAGAUCAUACAGCAUUUAUUCGAGGUAUUGGAAAUAUAAAGAGAUGGUUUAAUGAUGAAUAUGUUGAAUCCCAUUUAGGAUCUAAAAAGGAGAAUGAGAAUAUUAUAUUAAAUCUUUAUGUACCAUCAUUUUCUUUACAUGAAUUUGAUUAUGCUAAAAAGGGAAUGUCAAUGCUGGCAAGUAAUGCUAGAGAAGCAUUAAGAUUUAUAGAUAAAUAUCUGGAAAUUGAUAAUGAAACUAAAUCAAAAUCAAAAUCAAAAUCAAAAUCAAAAUCAAAAUCAAAAUCAAAUAAUCCAAUUCAUUAUAAUAUUUUACUUGAAUGUCCAGGAGAAAGUGUUGAAUGGAAAGAAUGUUCAAAGUAUAAGGUUCAUUCACCUAAAAUUAGAGAAUUUCCUAAUUAUAAAACUAAAUUAGAUUCAAAUGUUAUAAGUCAAUCAUACGUUAAUAGUAUUACAUCAUCUAAUGAUUUUAAUAAUAAUUUACCAUUUCGUGAUAAUAAUAAUCGAAAUGAUAUUCAAUAUGAAAAUUCAGAAUCUUAUCAACAUGCACUUCAACAAGCUGAUAAUUAUGCAGAAAUGCCUGUUAGAUUAAGAUAUUUAAUUAGAACAUGUAUUUAUAAAAGAUUUGUUGAAAAGAAUAAGCAUUCAAGUAGUAUGGAAGAUUGGAAAUUAGUUACUGAAGAUCCAAUUUCUAAAAUAUGGGCUAAAUGUUUUGGAAUUGAUUGUUUAAAUGUUAAUGAAGCUGAAUUACUUAUAUUUGAAAAAUAUGAUGUUAAUCUGUUUAGACAAUUUAAUAAUUUUUCUACUGAAGAAGAAGAAUAUGAUCCAUUUAAUGAUAUUUUACAAAAUACAGUAGAUACUACAUCUUAUGCUUAUACUACUAUAGAUGAAACUAAAACAACUAAUCCACAAACCAAGAAUAAUAAGAAACAUCGUAAUCGCAAUCGUUAUCAUUCAGAAAAUGUUCAAGGUAUUGUAGGAGUACAAACUUCAACCAUUAGUGGAGAAUAUGUUAAAAAGGAGAGAUUUGAUGCUAUAAAUUUUGCUCCUAGAGGUAGUGGACAAUUAUGGAAACCUGAUUCAUCAUAAUUAUAAUUAUAAUUAUAAUUA